AUGAUCAGAAGAGGCAGAACCGAAGGAUGGCUCAAACAGCCUAUCGAAGCCUUGCCAAGAUGGGCAGCGUUCCAUGGAGUCUCCUUCGAGGGCAUUAGAAUUGGCCCGCUCCCUGGCUUCGAAAAUAGAGGGUCGACCGUCAUAGCAGAUCGUGAACUGGAGGGAGGCAAGGUCGAGCCGCUGUUGGUUGUCCCGAGAGAUCUUAUAAUCUCGCGGCAGAAUAUUGAGGUUCUUGCCAAAGCAGACCGCAAUCUCCGUGAAGUCCUCGAUGUGUUGGGAGAUUUUGGAACGACGACAAGAGGCGCUGUGCUGAUGUUUCUGCUCAUACAAGCCACCAUAUGCUGCCCAGAUACAAAGAACGUUGGCGUCUUGAAUCCUCUUACCGAAUAUGUCAAGUUUCUUCCAGAUGAACUGCUACCAACAUUUUGGACCGAGGACGAGCAGGAGCUCCUUACAGGCACAACUCUUAGGCCUGCAGUUCGAGCAAAGCUGAGCAGCCUAUUACGCGAAUUUGAAACAGUUCGCACAGCCACAGAAUCCAUCGGCUGGUGUUCAAAGUACUGGUGGGAUGACGAUACUGGAAUGCUUACAUUCGACGAUUGGUUACGGGUCGAUGCGAUGUACAGAUCCAGGGCGCUCGAGUUCCCAGGCGUUGGUGAUUGCAUGGUUCCAUGCGUAGACAUGGCAAAUCAUGCAUCUGGAGAAACUACAGCUGCGUUAUACGAGGCUGACGACGACGGGAAUGGGCUGCUUCUUCUGCGAGAAGGCAAGAAGGUCGGGAAGACCAGCGAGAUCACCAUCACAUACGGUGACGAUAAAGGAGCAUGCGAGAAUGUAUUCUCGUAUGGAUUCCUCGAAGAUAGCAUGAUCUCCGCACAGGUCAUGUUCCUGGAUCUCGAUAUCCCGGACGAUGAUCCCUUACGACCCGCUAAAAUCUUUGUAUCCACAGCCGCACCGGGCUUCCGCAUCUUCGAAGACAAGAAAAACGGUACUAUAGAUUGGGAGAGCGACUUCAUUUGGCUCGUCAUCAUAAACGAAGAAGACGGGUUGGAUUUCAAGAUUCGGCAAACUAUUGACGGAAAGAAAGAAAUUCAAGCCUUCUGGAAAGACCGAGAGCUAGACGAUACCUUGAAGCUGAAAGAGUAUCUUCAGGACGAGCCGUUGUGGGAUAUAUUCAAGCUGCGUGCUACAGUUCUUCUGCAAAAUCGCGUCGAGACGCAGAUAGAGACGCUGCAGGAAAUGCAGAGCGUCAAGCGUGAAACUUCAAUUCGGGAAAUACCGUGGAGUCUGGCGAAGCGACUCCGAAGUCUCGAGCUAGACAUGCUGCAGCGUGCUGAAGCGACGUUAGAAAGCCAGAAGUCUACUUUGAUCGAGUCAGAAGUCGUACAGCGGUAUUUGGGCAUGGCUGGAGACGACGAAGAGGAGGUAGAUUUCACUUGA